AUGAGGUCUGUCAUGAUGCGUUGCGCAACGGGCCAUCACAUGGCACCACUGGGCCUUGCGUGCAUGCAGUACGCAACUUUGCCUAACCUUAAGAAGCCAAAUGGAGCAGCAGCGGAAUUGCCACCGCUUCAGUUCAACUGGAAAGACGGAUGUGCACCGGUGCUCAGCCCACGUCAGUUGGAGCUGCACUACACGAAGCAUCACAAGGCGUAUGUUGACAAGUUGAAUGCACUGGCGGGAGCCACAUACGAUGGAAAAACUAUGGAGGAUAUUAUCGUUGCUUUAGCUAAUGAUUCUGAGAAGAAGGUCUUGUUCAACCAAGCGGCACAGCACUUCAACCACUCCUUUUAUUGGUUGUGCAUUACACCCAAUGGGAAGCCAAUGCCCAAAUCCCUGGAGUCUGCCCUCACUGCUCAGUUUGGUUCAGUUGACGGUUUUAAGGACACGUUCAUGCAAGCGGGAGCAAACAACUUUGGCUCUGGCUGGACGUGGUUGUGUGUGGACCCGAAAAAUAAGGGUAAACCUCUUGUAAUUGAUAAUACCAGCAAUGCCGGGUGCCCAAUCACAAAAGGACUCCGACCCGUCUUCACAGUGGAUGUGUGGGAACAUGCAUAUUACAAGGACUUUGAAAACCGGCGCGUGGAUUACCUCAAGGAAAUUUGGACUAUUGUUGAUUGGGAGUUUGUUUCAAGGACGUAUGAACAGGCUAUGAAGUAA